AUGAAAAUUGAUUUCCGGUUGAAGCAGAAGUUUAAAUACGACGAGAAUCUACUACUGUAUAUUACAAUGUCGUCAAGUGGGAAUGAAGGAGAAAAAGAUAACGUCUCGGACAGUGUGUCUGGACCUUUCCCAACUGCAGGCCAGGAGUAUUAUUUCAAAACCCACCUGAAUGAACUUUGGCGUGAUGAUGUGUUUACCGAUAUUACAUUAGAAGUUGAAGGGAAACAAUUCAAUUGCCAUAAAAUCAUCUUAGCUUCGAACUCUCCAUACUUUCGUUCAUUAUUGACAAAUGGCAUGGCUGAAACUACAAAGAAAACUAUCGAGUUGAAAGAUGUUUCACAUACUGCAAUGGAACAUAUUUUACGUUUCAUUUACCAUGACUUCAAGGAUAUCAGUGACAUAGGGAAUACUAACCUUAGUGUCAAGCAGGCACUUGAAGCUCUGAAAGCUGCUGAUAUGUUCCAAAUAGAGAAUGGAAUAAAGGAUAUUUUGGCUGAUUAUCUAAUACUUAACAUGACAGAUGACAAAUGCCUCGAAAUUCUCCAGACAGCUCAAUGUAUAGGUCAGUCUAAGCUAGCUGAGUCAGCAAAUAAACAUGCAUUGCUCAACUUUGAGGAUGUGCGGAAAACGGAUGGAUUACUGGAACUUGAAAAAAACAGUCUUGUCAGUUACCUUGGAGAUGAUGGGUUAGUUGUCACUAAUGAAGAAAAUGUUUUCCAUGCUGUAGAUCGCUGGAUGUCCAAGGCUAAAGAGCGAGAAGAGCAUGCCUUGGAGCUGUUUGAUUGUGUAAGGUUCUGUUUUAUGAAGUCUCAAGUCUUAAGCGAUGAAAUCUAUCCACAUGCAUUGACCAGUCAAUUCCCAUGUUUGAAUAACUAUAUCAUUGCCGCAUUCCGUCACCAAACCACUCCCUGCUACCAGCAUGAAGAGCAUUAUUACAAAUGCAAACCAAGAAACUGUGAGACUAUUAUUUGCGCAUCAACUGUUUUCAGUAAGAAAAGUGACAUUUCUCCCAUCAUGAUAAGAGAAAUGUUAUCCAAAGUGCAAACAUUUGAAAUCAUUCAACAUUCAACAGUAUACGACUCUCUUCAAAACAAAAUCUGUUCGGUUGGACACAACAUCUACAUAUACGAAGGUGUUAGGGAGCUGAAACGUUACAUAUUUAACCAAAACCACAGCAAUUUUUCAGGCCAACCCUUGAAGUGUGCCAUACAUGUAGAUUCAGAUAUGCAAAUUGGUUUGGAUUCAUUCACAUUUACAUUAUGCGGCGACUACAUGUAUUUGAUUGGAGGAGAGGAAGAAAAUGGUUCUGUAAGUUCUCGAAUAGACAUGUAUGAUUGGAGAAAUGAUGUCUGGCAAGCACCCCAAGGAGCUACUACCACUUUAAUUCAUGCUGUGUAUGGACAUUUGACUGUUGCUGUGAAAGGGUUCUUGUACAUAAUUGGUGGCGUUACCAAGAAUAGCUGGAGUAGCCAAUUUCUUCAAGUAUAUGACACCAGGGUUUGCAAAAUAUCAAUGGGACCACACUUGCCUCCAUGCUCACUUGAGACAGAUGAUGAAGACAUUGUCAGGUCCGGUGUCCGUGGAGUGUAUUGCAAUGAGGAAAUUUACUGCUUUUGGGGCAAAACAAUUUCUAAAUAUAGCCCAGAAGAAAGCCAGUGGACGGAUUUACGCAAUAAUGUAUUUCCUGUUCUUGCUAGUCUAUUUUAGUAUUUGGAGGUUUCAAGGCAUCUGCGAUGCGAAAUGAGAAGGUAUUUGAAUUAGACACCAAAUCUUGCUCAGUAAAGGUUUUGACUCAAUUCGAAUAUCCACUCAUCUUUGGAGAUCUAGACAAAAUUGUCAUGAAUGAAAAUCUAAAGUGGCUGUAAACAUAGUAAAGAACAUUUUAUUGUGUAGGUUGAAGGUUCACAAAUAUGUCGUGACCUCACUGAUGUGACUAUCUUAAAACUGGUAUGUUGUACUGGUUAGUCAACUUAAUUUGAUGCGAUUUAAUCUGGGAAUUGGGAAAAAUUGGGAAGUUGGCGAAGAUUUAAUUUGGUGAAUUUUGAAUCUGAUGGGCAAUAAUAAAGUUAUAAGCACAAUUAAAUCAAACACUUAAAGCAAACCUUGAUUAUGUUAAACCAAACAGCGUUCACCUUUUCUUAUCCAAGACAGAAUUCACAUAAUAUAGUAGUAAUCUUCUAAAACUCUGCGUUGUUCAAAUAUAAAAAAUGGCACAGAUAACUGUAUGCACAUUUAAACUAGACGAAAAAAUUUCCCAGGGAUUUCUGAAAAUUUGGCAAAGACAUGAAUUGGCAAAUUUUUGCAAUUCCCCAAAUUAAAUCAGUUGCCAAAUUAAGUUGACUAAUAGUAUGGAAACUGAUGAUGAAACUUUGUUUAUAUUAAUUCAUGAGCUAACUUAAAGUCCCUAUGUAUAGUUUGAAAACAUGU